AUGUCCAACAGGCUGGCCAUUGCCACCAUCUCUGUCCAAUCCCAGGUCGAUGAUGCCGAGAUCUCUACCGAGCUCGGAGGUAACUCCUUGCAUACUGUCCGCCUCCAGUCUCGCAUCCGCGAGGCUUUUGCCAUCGUCGUUCCUCUCCUUAAGGUCAUCGAGUCCAGCAAGCUCUCUGCUUUGGGUGCCCUCCUCGAUAACCUCUUGGCCAACUCUGGAAUCAACUGGGACCUCGAGACUGCCCUCACCGAUGACAUGCUCCAGAUCUCUCCCGCUGACGCCUCCUCCACUACCAGCAAGAACGCCCAGUCCCUGACUGUCACCCUCACCGGCGCCUCUGGUUUCAAUGGUCGUCACAUCUUGGAGCGCCUCAUCCAGGACCCCAAGAUCGGCCGCAAGUUCAACGCCGUCGUCGCGUCCUCUUCCAAGCUCUCCGUAUACGAGGGUGAUCUAAACGAUCCUCGCCUCGGUCUGUCCGAGACCGAGUUCGCCGCUCUCGCCCAGCAGGCUGGCAUGAUCAUCCACAGCGGUGCCAACCGGUCCUUCUUCAGCACCUACGACCAAGUCCAGGCCAUCAACGUCCAGUCCACCAAGGAGCCCGCUCUCAUUUCUGCCGCUUCCCUGCGUGGCCAUCGCCGCGUCGUGCCCUUCCACUUCCUCUCUGGCACUGAGGCCGCCACCAUCAAGCCUGCUUCGGACGACUCCCAGGGCUACGUCGCCUCCAAGUGGGACAGCGAGCGCUUCCUCGAGAAGUCGAUCGAUCAGCUGCGCCUCCCCGUCCACGUCCACCGCCAACUGCCCGUUCCCGAUGGUCGUGAGGCCCAGGGCGAGGAGCUCGACCAGGUCCUCCAGGAGUUCGUCGACGUCGCCGCCAAGAUGACCGAGCUACCCAACUCGACCACCUGGGACGGUCACUACGACCUGAUCCCCGCCGACCGUCUGUCUCGCGACAUUGCCAAGGUUGUCGAGAGGCUGGGCUCGCUGCCCGAGUAUGCCCAGAGCGGCCAGCCCAAGAUCCUGGCCCACGUCUGGGUCGGCAAGGCCAAGACUGCCGGAUUCCGCUACCAGUUCAGCACCAUGAACAUGGUCCUGCAGGAUGCCGAGGGCAAGGGCCUCGCUACGGUGUCGCGGUAG